CAUCAGAGCUAUAUCUUGCAACUCUUUAACUACUAUUGUAGGAUCUUGUGCUACCAGAUUAUGAGAGUUUACACUCAAUUUUAAUUGAAGGGUAUAAAUGUACCCUGAUAAGUACAGAGAAUAACAUGUUCCAACAGAAUCCACACCUACUUGAAGUGGAAAAUGCAAAAGUAGCCAAUAUUCAACAAAAGCUUAGACAUAAACUUAAAAUCCAUUACCGCAAGAAACUCGAUUGGAUUCUACGCUUUCAACUUCCAGCUAACCGUUCACAGCAUAAAUAUCCUUUUGUCGUUUGGGACGACAUACAGGUUCCUAAAUUUGUGCAAAGGAUUUUGGAAUUUGGCCCCGCAUAUGCACCUACUCCUACCAGAAGAGAGACCCUUAAAACGUGCAUACCUGACCUUGAAAGGCUGAUACAGGGCAUGCUGACUGUGCAAAAGGAGUAUUACAGAUGGAUUGCCUCUUGCAAGCUUACAAACCGAAGGGAUUCUAUGCAAGUACGCUACUUUAAAGAAGACCUGUCACGCGCAAUUAAAUGGUGGCGCGAUAAUAAUAUUACGGUCAUCAAAGCUGAUAAAACCAAAAUGUUGGUCUUAAUAAAAAGGAACAUGUAUGAAAAGGAGAUGCAAGAAUACAUUAAGGAUACGAGAUGCGUCGUACAACCAAACAACAUUAUUGACAAACUACACAAUAAGAUCAAACGCUUCUCUAACUCUAAACUGGCUUCUACGUUAGGAAUGCGGGAUAUUGUAAUGGACGCACCUGAUACACCCAAACUUUUCGCGUUUGCUAAAACGCAUAAGCAGGGCCACAAAUUGAGACCUGUGGUAGAUAAGGCCACGGCCCCCACUCGCAAGUUGGAAGCAUUCAUGCACGAUCUCAUCUCUCCUAAGUUACAGGAUUACCAAUACACAAUCUCCAAUCCGGUUGAAUUAAUAGCUUGCCUCAAAAACUCCGAAAAGCCUGCGUACAUCUCUGUUAUGGAUUUCCGUGCUUUAUAUCCUUCCAUCCAAUUACCAUUAUGUUUUUGCGCACUCAGGGAUUUUCUAUUCUGUAACGUUUAUAACCAGGAGUUACACCAGCAAGUACUUGAACUAGCACAUUUGAUCUGCUACAGCUCUAUUUUUCAUUUCGGUGGAACCACAUAUGCGCAGGGCAGAGGAGUGCCUAUGGGAAGUGCAGUCUCAGGCGACCUUUGUGAACUGGUAAUAAGACAGCUGGAAGAUAAAACAAUUCCUGGUUUCUCCCACAACAUCUUAGUAUACAAACGAUACAUAGACGACAUCAUUAUUUUGUGGAAAAACGACCCAGACAUCACCCACUUUAUUAAUCAGAUGAACGACAAUCCGUAUGACCUUACCAUAGAGCUGGAACAACAUAGUGAUAAGGAUGUACAUUUUCUUGAUUUGAGCAUUACGUUUGGAGGAGACACCUUGGAAACUUCUGUAUACCGCAAAGCUUGUCACUUUCCAAUGUAUAUCCCAGCGAACUCCUGUGACCCAUUCAGAUAUAAAAUGGCGGCCUUUAAAGCACUGGUUAAGAGGGCCCACACCCAUUCUUCAACUCAGGAGGCAUUAGUUCAAGAAUUGAACUAUAUACUUAACAUCGCCGGUCAGCAGGGAUUCUAUAACAUGGUCCAUAAGUUAGCCCGACAUUACAGCGUCGGCCUACCACCGCCACAGACGGGGAAUAGUAUAGAACAAGACCUACCCAUCACAAUAGUCACAUAA